AUGUCAGACAAGCUCAAGGAACGCAAAAGAACCCCGGUUUCUCACAAAGUGAUAGAAAAGCGGAGGAGGGACCGGAUCAACCGCUGCUUGAACGAGCUGGGCAAGACGGUUCCCAUGGCCCUGGCGAAGCAGAGCUCCGGGAAGCUGGAGAAGGCGGAGAUCCUGGAGAUGACCGUUCAGUACCUGAGAGCGCUGCACUCCGCUGACUUUCCCCGGGGAAGGGAAAAAGCAGAACUUCUGGCAGAGUUUGCCAAUUACUUUCACUACGGCUACCACGAGUGCAUGAAGAACCUGGUGCAUUACCUCACCACGGUGGAGAGGAUGGAGACCAAGGACACCAAGUACGCGCGCAUCCUCGCCUUCCUGCAGUCCAAGGCCCGCCUGGGCGCGGAGCCCGCCUUCUCGCCGCUGGCUUCCUUCCCGGAGCCGGACUUCUCCUAUCAGCUGCACUCCGUGGGCCCCGAGCUCGCGGGCCACAGCCCCAGCGAGGCCGCUGUGUUCCCGCAGGGCGCUGCCGCGAGCCCCUUCCCCUGGCCGCACGGCGCGGCCCGCAGCCCAGCGCUGCCCUACCUGCCCAGCGCGCCCGUGCCGCUGCCCAGCCCCGCGCAGCAGCACAGCCCCUUCCUGGCGCAGGUGCAGGGCCUCGACCGGCACUACCUCAACCUGAUCGGCCACGCCCACCCCAACGCCCUCAACCUGCACGCGCCCCAGCACCCCCCGGUGCUCUGA